GUUAUUGUCUUCCGCUGUACAGGUUGGUGACUACGCUGGACGUUUUUCAAGUUCAGGGGCGUUAUUCUGUAUUCCAGCUUUCUCGCAUGUAGGACGCGCCUGCAACGCGAGCCCGUCAUCGCUGGAAGUGAAGCGUGGCUAUUAAGAAAUGAAUGAUUUUUAUCCAUGCUCUCCUGAUAAUCAGCCUGACAUGGAUCCAAGUGAUGGGAGCGCUCUUCCUGUACUUGCUGAUACUAGACGACUUCCUGGAUUUCUGGGAGGAACUGAUCAAUCUCUACAAUCGCCUUGUGAUUCUUUAGAGGACACAGAUCCUCUGGUAGCAACAUGUGCGCCUGCAGGAACCGUUAACAGCGAUGACUCAAGUAACGACGGUCUGUUGCUUGAAGCACUUCAAGACUCGGAUUCCGUGUCAAGUGACUCUUCAGCGGUGUCGUCUUUAUCCCAGAUGAGUGGGAAGGAUUGGAAGCCUCAUGCUGGGCCUAUGUCAUGGAUUCACCGCCAAAUGUGCCUCGGGGCUAACCCGCGUGUCAUAUUGUCUCAGCUUCUUCCUCGCAACUCUGGUAUUCCGAUUGAUGUCGACGAUAUUUCAUUGUGGAAGUGCAUCAUCGAAAUAUUGACGGAGCCGCCGCGUCGACAUCGCCUGCGGCAUAUCAACAAUUUGGAGGACGUGAUACGCCUUAUACGAAGCUCUCGAAAAAUGCUAAUACUUACUGGAGCUGGAGUCUCCGUCUCGUGUGGCAUUCCUGACUUUCGCAGCAGAAACGGCUUGUAUGCUCGUCUUGCGAAGGACUUUCCUGAUCUUCCCGAUCCGCAAGCCAUGUUCGACAUCAACUAUUUUGAUCGGGAUCCUCGCCCAUUUUUCAAGUUUGCGCGUGAAAUUUUCCCGGGUCAGUUUGAGCCGUCCCCCGCGCAUCAGUUUAUUAAAUUGGUGGAGAAGCACGGAAAGUUGCUGAGAAAUUACACGCAGAACAUUGAUACGUUGGAGCAAGUUGCCGGCAUAGAGAACGUCAUACAGUGCCAUGGCUCAUUUGCCACCGCGACUUGUCAACGCUGUCAGAUGAAAGUAAACUCUGAUUUUGUGCGAGAUGACAUCAUGGCUCAGCUGAUACCCGUGUGCCGUGCGUGUUGUCCUUCGGGAGAAUUGGAUCUCGACUUCAGUCGUCCAGUCUCCGUGGUUACGGAAGACUUUGACGAAACCUCCUCAUGCUCCUUGGAAAUGUUAGCUGCAGAAGAGAGGAAAAAUGCGACGCCUAUCUUGAAGCCAGACAUCGUGUUUUUCGGCGAAGGAUUGCCGGAGAAAUUUCAUGCAUCCAUGGCAUCAGACAAGGAUGAAUGCGAUCUGCUAAUAGUGAUCGGGUCUUCGCUGAAAGUCAGGCCCGUGGCACUGAUUCCCUCUUCUGUGCCUCCCACUGUACCCCUGGUGCUCAUCAACCGAGAGCCGCUGCACCAUCUAUUGGGUGACUGCGACGUGGUUUGCAAUGAGCUAUGUCGACGUUUGGGAGACGAUUGGACUGCACCAGGACUAGACAAGCCAGUCCUAACUGCGCUGAGUUCCUUGCCACCACGUGCAGAUUCGGGGUUUAGUGGCAGUGAUGAGACGCAGGACUGUGACGAGCCCAAGUCUGAGCAUGACCUGGAGGCAUUGAGGAAAUGUUGGCAGCCAAAAGUCAAGGAGAGUGUCUCGGACCGCUUGCCAGUUUCGCCCGAAGAGUGGUGGGGUGGAGAGCCGGACCGUGGCCUUGUGUGUUCUUUGGACGUUGAGAUCUGA